AUGAAUCUCCAGGAAAAGUUGUCCGGACUGAAGGGUCUGGUGACACACUCCCACAGCAAGCGGAGGUUCAAAGGGGACCUGAGCACGGACAUGAUCAGCCCGCCGCUGGGAGACUUCCGCCACACCAUGCACGUGGGCCGCGGCGGUGACGUCUUCGGCGACACCUCUUUCCUCAGUAACCACGGCGGGACGGCCAACGGGACCGGCAGCGAGACCAGCUCCAUCUCCAGCCCGGACAACAAGAUUGGAGCCUUUUUCUCCAGAACCCUGCGCCACAUUCGGAGAGGCUCGGACAACCGGGCCUCUCCAGUCCGGGAGCCAGAGAAGGAGCUGUCCCCGCCUCCCCCCGCAGUGUCCCCCAUCAUCAAGAACGCCGUGUCCCUCCCAAGGCUGGACGGGGACCUGAGCAACGGGACGCCCACCAGAGUGCUCUUCCCCAGCAGCCCGAGCACGCCACCGGACGGCAAAACCUCAUAUGGUGUGGACUCGGGCUUCGUCACCCUGCCGCGCCUGUCCCGCUCCGAACGCCAGCAGCCCUCCAUCUCCCUGCCCUGCCCGCCCUCCCCGCUGGCUUCGGCCCUGCACCACCGAGGCUCCCUCCCGGACUCCGCCUCAGCAGCUCCCGUCUACCUGACCUCCGACCCCAACAAGUACACGGCCUUCUCCGACUCCCUGCCCUCGCUGGCCUCCCUGGACUUCACCUUCGACCUGGGACCUUCCCUCAUGAGCGAAGUCCUGGGGUUCCUCGACGGCGUGCAGGCGGAGGCGCACACGGAGGCGCAGGCGGAGGAGCACACGGAGGAGCCCGCCUGGGAGGAGGAGGGCUCUGCCUGCGGGUCGGCCACCAUCUCCUACGUGGAUUCCCUGCUGCGUGAGGAUUGCGGAGGGGGGAAGAGCCCGCACUGGGAGGACGAGGAGGCGGACGGGCGCGCCUUCAGGAUGCCCGACGUGGUGAUGGGGGCCCCCGAGAGGCCGAAGGGGGGCGGAGGGAUGGGUAUGGAGAGCGAGAGGUUCCAGAGCGCCGCGGAUGUGCUGGCGCGUCACUACGGCGGCAGUUUGAAGGGACAUAAGACGGACUUGGACUCGUUCAGCAAGAGGAAAAUCUCAUACAGCUACAUAGAAGACGAGGACGAAAUCAAAGUCUGA